CUCUUCUUAUAAAUACACGACGCCCCCUCCCAGCCCAAUCCCAAAGAACAUUUUGCUCGGCAACCCAUCAGUUUUAAAAACUCUCGUUCAUUCAGAUUCUUGCUCUUGGUUCUUGUUUGGGUUUGAAUUUGGAUCGGAAACUUCAAACGAAAUGUCGGUGAUCCCAAGCUUCUUCCGCACCCGGCGAGGCAGCUGCUGCGAUCCAUUAUCCCUUGACGUAUGGAAUCUGCCCAGAGAAUUCCAAUUUCCGCAAUUAUCUCAGGAAAAUUCUGCACUUCUGAAUACCCACGUGGACUGGAAGGAAACCCCGGUAGCUUACGUCUUCAAGGUCGAUCUUCCCGGGCUGAAGAAGGAGGAGGUGAAGGUGCAGGUGGAAGACGACAGGGUUUUGCACAUCAGCGGAGAAAGGAAUGUGGAGGAGGAGGAGAGGAACGAUGCUCGGCAUAGGGUGGAGCGCAGCAAGGGCAAGUUCAUGAGGCGGUUCCAGCUGCCGGAAAACGCGAAGAUGGAUCAAGUGAAGGCGUCGCUGGAGAAUGGUGUGCUGACUGUGACGAUUCCCAAGGAGGAGAUGAAGAAGGCAGUGAUGAAGUCUAUAGAAAUCUCUGAUUAGCUUUUCUGGUUGUCAAUGGAACGAUUACUUCUUCCUUUGUACUAUGUACUAUACUUCUACUUCACAUUUAAAAUAAUAUUGCCAGCGUUCAAAUAAAAAUAUAUUUCUUAAUUCAGAAAAUUAAAAUUUAGACUGUA